AUGGAGGAAAAGGGGAAAUCAAACUACCCAAGUGACAAAGAUUUACACAAAAAAUUUGUGCAGCUUCGAGAAAACAUCGAAUUGGAAAAGGAUGAUUCGAAGAAUCACUUAGUUAAAGAAAUGAAAAAAUUGUUAAUAUCAGUUCUGUUAAAAUAUAAUGCAAUAAAAUUUGGUGAUUUUAUUUUAAAAUCCAAAAGGAAAUCAAAAUAUUUCUUUUCAAGUGGUGUAUUAAACAAUAUCAUUUCAGGAAACAUCAUUUCCUUUUUAAUAUCCCAUUUAAUUUUAAAAGAAAAUAUUACUUUUGAUUAUUUAUUAGGAGCAUCUUACAAGGGUAUUCCAAUUGCAACUCUAACUAGCCACUUCUUAUUCCAGUCUAAUAAAUUUUCAAAUAUUUUUUACUUGUAUGAUAGAAAAGAAAAAAAAGAAUAUGGCGAUAAAAAUGUUAUUGUAGGAAACUUAGAUGAUAUAGUUAAUAACCAUGUGGAGAAUGGAAAACAAGACAAAGAAAAAAAAGUUAUAAUAAUUGACGAUGUAUUUACAUGUGGUACUGCUUUAACAGAAAUAAUAAAUAAAUUGAAAUCAUACCCAACCUUAAAAGUUGUAGCUGUCAUUGUUCUUCUCAACAGAAAUGAGUAUGAACUAAAUGAACACAAUCAUAAAAUUUAUUUUAAAGACAUGUUUGAACAGAAACUGAACAUCCCACUUCAUAGUAUUCUUAAUUAUAACGAGGACCUCCAGCAUCUCAUGCAGUAG